UGGCUGGCUGCUUCUCGUCCGACUCCACCCCUCUCCUGCAGACGAAGGCAUGGCGAGCACCGAGACCAGAAGGGAGUGUGAGACAGAGGGUUGCAGCAAGGACGCCAAACUUCAGUGUCCCACAUGUAUCAAGCUUGGUAUUCAGGGCUCCUAUUUCUGUUCACAGGAAUGUUUCAAAGGGAGCUGGGCAUCUCACAAGCUGCUGCACAAAAAAGCAAAGGAGGACAAGAACCAGAAUGAAUCUAAGAACUGUGUGGAGAAAGACAUCAACACAGACCCAUGGCCGGGCUACCGCUACACAGGAAAAUUACGCCCUCACUACCCACUGACUCCCAUGAGGCCCGUACCUGGAGACAUCCAAAGACCUGACUAUGCUGAUCAUCCCAGAGGGAUGUCUGAGUCUGAGCAGUUUCUGAAGGGGACGUCACAGAUCAAGAUCCUUUCUCCUGAAGACAUUGAGGGCAUGAGAGUAGUGUGCAAGCUGGCACGUGAAGUCCUGGACAUUGCAGCCAUGAUGGUGAAACCAGGUGUUACAACAGAAGAAAUCGACCACGCUGUGCAUCUGGCCUGUACAGCAAGGAACUGCUACCCAUCCCCUCUCAACUACUACAACUUCCCCAAAUCCUGCUGCACGUCUGUCAAUGAAGUCAUCUGUCAUGGCAUCCCGGACAGAAGACUACUACAAGAAGGAGAUAUCCUCAACGUGGACAUCACAGUCUACCACAACGGUUUCCAUGGUGACCUCAACGAAACCUUCUUUGUCGGAGAGGUGGAUGAAGGAGCAAAGAAGCUGGUUCAGACCACCUAUGAAUGCCUUAUGCAAGCCAUUGACUCUGUGAAGCCUGGUAUUCGUUACAGAGAGUUGGGUAACAUCAUCCAGAAGCACGCUCAGGCCAACGGCUUCUCUGUGGUGCGGAGCUACUGUGGCCAUGGCAUCCACAGACUUUUUCACACUGCUCCCAAUGUGCCACACUAUGCCAAAAACAAAGCAGUUGGAGUCAUGAAGCCUGGCCAUGUGUUUACCAUUGAGCCCAUGAUAUGUGAAGGCGGCUGGCAAGACGAGACGUGGCCCGACGGCUGGACAGCGGUGACCAGAGACGGGAAGCGCUCAGCUCAGUUCGAACACACCCUGCUGGUGACGGAGACCGGCUGCGAGAUCCUUACCCGCCGCCUGGAGGAGAAUGGUCGCGCUCAUUUCCUGAGCCAAAUGUAGGCUGGACUGGAACACAUCAAGGACUGGACUUUGCAGACACAGACACCCAGCACCUCUGGGCCUCACACAAAAACACACACACACACACACACACACACACACACUUCAGACAAGAGGCACCACUCCUAGAGCUCAGUGUAACUGUGGCUCUCAUUGUUCUUUGCAUCGGUUCCUCAAAAUAAAUGGAAGUACUUGAAUGUGUCUUAUAUCAAAUGUGGAUUGCUUUAUUAGUGAAAACUGUAUCCUUUGAAGGAAAUAUGAGAGUAUUUAUGAGAUUUGGUUUUGCUUAGUGGUUGGGCUUUACAUCAGACAUGUUGUGAGCUCUGGAUCGUGUCACCCAGAGCUUUUACUGGCUGGCUAGUUGUUGUCUGUAGUGUGUGGAGCUCAGGGCAAAUCCAACUAGUACGCCAUGCUUUGCUUCUUUUCUCUCAUCUUCUGCUAAUGUAGUCAGACUUUAUAUGAGUUUACCAGAGAUGGACUGAAAAGAACCAGCAAUAGUAGAGACACAGGAGAGUUCCAGGAAACAGGGUCAGCAAGUUGCACAAGCUCACCAACUAGCAAAUCACACUUAUUAGUUAGGACUUAGAGUUAGAACACAACACCAGACUGAGAACUUUGUUAUAAUUAAACCACCCUAUUUAGCAUUUAUAAGCAGUACAUCAACAUUUAAUACAUAAUUUAUGACACACUAUAUUGUAGUUGUAACCAGAUGUUAAGUAUUUAAUAAUUUAUUUGUCAACAACUGUAACUCCUCCUGUGGGCAUCCAUAACUACAUGUUGAUAUUCAAAUAGAUAAUGAAUAAUAUAGUUUAAUGCAGGUAAAAUAAUGUAAAAUAUGUUAUCUUAGGAGAAAUUAUGAUUGUUGACAAAUACUGUACAUUAAUAAACAUUUAAAAUGUCAUUAAAGUGGGUCAAGUGUUCCCACAAAUUCAAGUUUGGAUUUCAGGCAACAAGAAGCAUCUUGUGCAAGCCAUAUUGGAUAGCUGCACGUUAUUUUUCAAGCAGAGUUUGAAUAAUUUUCUAAAGGUUUACAAAUUGGCCAUCUUAAUGGACAUAUGGAAUGGUAUAGUCUGACAUUUUAGGUAGUAUACCUAUUUGCUUUCUUGCUGAAGAUUGGUACCUCUCCCUUAUCUAUGUUAAAUAUGAAGCUAGAGCUUAAGAUCUAGUUAGCUUAGCCUAGCUUAGAAUAAAGAUAGGAAACAGGGAAAUAACUAGUGUGGUUCUGUCCAAAGCUGAAAAAAAUCGUUCACCAGCACAACUUUGUACAAAAACCAAAGUGAAAAACUACAAAUUGUGGUUUUACAGGGGGUUAUGUGCACUGCAAAAAAAUGGUCACAUGCAUAAACCCUCAUUAUACCACAAUUUGUCAUUUUUACACUUACUAAACAAACCUUAAGCAAUUUAAAUUUAUUGUAUUACGUGUCAAUUAAUGAGAUUAAGAGGUGUUGUAUAUUAAAUACGAAGCUACCGCCAGGAGACAGUAAGGUUAGCUUAGCGUAAAGCCUGGUAGCUGUGGAAACAGCUAACCUAGGUCUUUCUAAAGUAAAAACAAGAUUCAUCAGCUGGCACCUCUAAAACUCACUAAUUAAACAUGUUAUAGUCUGUCUCUUUCAAUGUUUCUGUUUAAGAAGUGUAGAAAUGACAAGUUGUGGUUUUAUAUCACAAUAAGUAAAAAAAAAAAAAAGUUUAACCUUGGAUAGAGUCACACUAGCCGUUCUCCCUUUUACAGUCCUUAUUCUAAGCUAGGCCAAGCUAAGCUACCCAUCUCCUGGCUGUUGCUUCUUAUUUAAGGGACAGAUAUGAGAGUGGUAUCAAUCUUUUUAUCUAACUUGUGGAAAGAAAGCAAAUAAAUGUAUGUAUAAAUGUAUGUUUCCAAAACCAUUUGUUUAAUUUAAAAACUUAUUUUGAUAGGAAAAUAAUCAAUAAACAGCUGACUUAUUCCCGUAUGCCAGCCUAUUGGCUGGCUAACGACAGCAUGGCGUGUACUGUCACUGUCAUAUUUACCUGUUGACAGUAGUGUGCAGUAGAAGCACUCCAACUCAAUUGUUCUAUCCUGAAUGUGGCUAUUAUUAGUGCACAGCUAGAUGAGGAUGUCCGUCAUGGUUGCUAGGAGAAUUGUGAUGCAACUGCAAAGCUGAGAGGAGAAGCAACCAUCAAGCUCAAAGUUGUUCAAAUGUUGAACUUGUUAAUCCUGCUUUGAGGAAUACUCCUUUGGUGUCUCAUGUUUCCAAUUGCCCUGGUGUAGCAAAUUGAGCCUUAAUGUGUGAAUCUAAGAAUUAAAAGUUGCCAGAUGUCUCAAGGCACGUUAAGUGAUGUUUCCCCCAUAUCUUGACAGUCACCAUUUACCUUGAUGUGGGGAUUUUCAUGGUGUGAGCAGCAUUCAUUAUUUCUACAUUUUCAGAGGACUAAUGUGAUCGCAGUCUCUCUGCCAUCUUUGUAUUUCUUCUAAUGGAGUAAUAAAUGACUCUUCUGUA